GUGUAGAAUAUGACAUUAUUUUAACCAUAGACAUUUUACAAGGACUCAGAGAAAGUAUCAUUUCUAAUACUCCUGAAUUUUAUGUAAACAUUUAUACAGUUGAUGCAUUAAAUGCAAUUCUUACAAAAACUAAUAUAUUAGAAAAUGAACAAAUAAAUGAAGAAUCAAAUAUUCAAUU